AUGCGGAAUACCUUGAAAGCGACAUCAGUGCCGCUGGAGGGCUGCCCUCGCGCCACUCGCCAUUUGAGGCAGCAGAGGAAGGGCCCUGCGAGGCACAUUUGCCUUUCCAAUGGCAGCACUUGCGAGGUGGUGCUGGAAAAGCAGCAGUGGCAGAGCGGCGUCAGGAGCCUGCAAGGCCGGAGGAAGCACCAAUUUUGGGAGCCUGUGCAGCUUGACCCACCGCCUUUGCUGCACGACGUCUGCGUGGUGCUGGUCAGCCCUAAGCGCCCCAUCUCAGUCGGCACCGUGGCUCGCUCGCUCUCAUGCUUUGAAUGCCUAGACUUGCGCAUCGUGGAGCCAUGCUGCGACCAACUAGCUCGGAGCAGUCGCAACGGGAGCAAGGGCGCUCAGUUCCUGCUCUGGCAGGCGCAGCGGCACGGCACACUGGAGUCGGCGCUAGCGGGCGUCUCCUUCUCGGUGGCCUGCACGCGCUGGGUGGCAGGCCGCCCAAGUGCCUACCGCAGCAUGGCAGAGCUGCUGGCAGCCCCGCAGAUUGUAGCACUCCUGUCACCCUCUCACCUAGAACCAGCAGCAGCGACAAAACAUGAUGGCAACGCGGGGGGCAGCAUAGGUGCACUUGCGCAGCAGCAACAGCAGCAACUGCCGCAGCAACGACAGCCGGGCCAGAGGAAGCUGGCGCUGGUGUUUGGUAGGGAGGUCAGCGGGCUGACGGCGGCCGAGGUGGACAUGUGUGAUGCCACACUCUCCAUCCCAAUCGGCAGGCUGCAGGAGUCCAUGUCUUUGAGCCAUGCAGUCAGUGUGGUGCUGUCGCGGCUGUUUGAGCAGCGCGCGCUAGCUGGCAGCUAUGCUGUGCCCCAGGGGGUGGCUGACCUGGCUGCAGGAUAUCAGGAGAGUGGCGUGGAGCGAUGA